AACAAAGGGCCCAGUUAGCCCAAUUUCGAUUGGUUUAUAGGCUAGGGUUUCAUCUUUUAAGAAGAGUGUGAGGAGUGGCUUUAAGGUUUUAGCCGAAGCGGAGCAGAAGAAGAAGAAGAAGCUCAACACGAACAAGCUCCGUCUGCAGCCAUGGGUAUUUCUCGUGAUUCUAUGCACAAAAGGCGUGCCACUGGAGGCAAGAAGAAGGCCUGGAGGAAGAAGAGGAAGUAUGAGCUCGGUCGUCAGCCAGCUAACACUAAGCUUUCGAGCAACAAGACUGUGAGGCGUAUUCGUGUUAGAGGUGGAAAUGUUAAGUGGAGAGCUCUCAGGUUGGAUACCGGUAACUUCUCAUGGGGAAGUGAAGCUGUUACUCGCAAAACUCGUCUCCUUGAUGUUGUCUACAAUUCCUCAAACAAUGAGCUUGUGAGAACUCAAACCCUUGUGAAAGGUGCUAUCAUCCAGGUUGAUGCUGCCCCAUUCAAGCAAUGGUACCUUCAGCACUAUGGUGUAGACAUCGGUAGGAAGAAGAAGACACCUGCUGCUGCUGCUGCUGCCAAGAAGGAUACCCCCGAGGAGGGUGAAGCCGCUGCACCAGCUGCAGAGGAAGCAAAGAAAAGCAACCAUGUUCAGAGGAAGAUUGAGAAGCGUCAAGAAGCUCGUACCCUCGACGCCCAUAUUGAAGAACAAUUCAGUAGCGGAAGGUUGUAUGCUUGCAUCUCUUCUCGCCCUGGACAAUGUGGCAGAGCUGAUGGAUACAUCUUGGAAGGAAAGGAACUCGAGUUCUACGUGAAGAAACUUCAGAGGAAGAAGGGAAAGGCUGCUGGUGCUGCUGCUUAAAGAGUGUGUUACUUGCUUUUUACACCUUCUCCUUAUAUGAGUUAAUUUGUUUUAGUUAUCGCCAGUCGGUACUACUACUGUCUAGGACAUGUUAUGAGCCACUGAUAGAAACAACUUUUGAAAAGAUUUUGUUUGGCUAGUCUGUGAACUGAGAAGUAAUUUUUGCUCUAAAAUAGUACUACUUUGUUUUUGUGUUUA